AGAAUGAAAAUAAAUAGAAAGAGAGAGAGCAUAGAAGAGAAGAGAGAAGUGUAAGGCUCUGCAAAGUUUGAGCGCCGCCGUUAAUGGCGGAAUUCCGGUGACUCGCCGUCGCUGGUGUUAGAAAGUGGUUUUGAUUACAUGAGAGAAGAAAGAAGAAGAUCAUGGAUAGAACCAGAGAAUCCAGAAGAUCAUCCAUGACCACCUCCACCAACGGAUUUCCCAAACGCAGACAUCGAACUAUUGCUCUCAGAGACUCUUCCGAGGAAGGAGCUGUGGAAUUGAGAGAAGGUACGAGUAAGAGAGGAAGGAAUCGAGAUAGAGAUAGGGAUUCGGCGAACAGGAGUAAGAGGAGGAUAGGCUCUCACUCGCAAAGCACCGAAGAGAGCGUCGGAAACGAGCAAGAUGACGACGUUUUAGACGUUGGUGUUUCUAAGAUCCGUUCUCUUAAUAAUACGACGACAUCGUUCGCCUCCGAUCAAAUCCAUCGCCGGAGCUUCACGUCAGCGAAACCGCCGCCGUUCAAGAUAACGGAGGAGAUGAUCGGCGUGAGCGUUCCGAGGAAGGCUCGUUCAGCCUCUGCGAAAAGGUCUUACGAAAGUUGGAUUUCCGCAAGCAGCGGCGGGGAGGAGCUGAAUUUCCGGCAGCGAUCGAAUUCCCCCGGAGGACAGAGUGUUGAACCGACCUCACCUUCUUCUUCGAAUGUUUCUCUCAGGAAGAAGAUGAAAGAGAUUGAACCUGUUUCUAAGACAUCCAAAUCGUCUUCAUCAGACAUCGAGAUUGAGAUAGCUGAGCUUUUGUACGGCUUGAAGACUUCGAAGAACCACGAGUCUUCUAUAAAGCUUGAAGCAAGCGUCAGUCCCUCUGAUGAUGCUGAGAAGAAGAAAAUGGAAGACAACAACAAUUCUUCCACCCUGUUUUCAAAUAAUUCAACUGAAGAGUUAAGCAGGAUUCAGAUUGAGCAACCUGCUGAUGUGGAUUAUCAUGUUGGUCCAUCAAUAGAGGCACCAAAAGAGAACAUUGGGGAUGCUUCAGCAGAUGGAAGAUCGGUUUCCCCUACUAGGGAAUCGCCAUCAUGCUCCGAGUUGGAUACUGAGAAACCAUAUUCAGCUUCAAACAGAGUGAUCUCUGCUGUUCCAGAUGCCAACGCCCAACUAGUAGGCAAGUUUGAGAUAGAUCUGAUGCAGGCUCCUCCUCCCAUGGGGCUGUCCCCAGAAGGGGAUGACUUGUCAAGGGGUGAUUUCAUAUUAGAAACUAAAGCUUUGGCACUGGAUGUGGAAAUGAAGAAGGAAAAUAGUGUCAAGGUGGAAAGACCAGUUAAGAAGGAGAAAAUUCCAGAGGAAAUUGAAGAGGCUAAAAUGGUCACAUUUAUGGAGAAGUUGGAUGUGCUAAAACAUGAUUUGGAGAAGAAAAACAAUGUCCAUGACAUAAAGACAAACAAUAAAUUAGAAGAGCAGGAUAGGAAUAAGGAACUAGCUAGUAUAUCAUCAAAUCCCAAAGAAGAGAAAACCGUUCAAUCUACUUCAAUGCCUUUAUCAACAUCUGAAUCAGGACGGCAGAGCAGUCUCUCUCCCACUGGAUACAAGCCGCACUUGCAGCCAGUUGCAAAGACGGACAAAACCACAGGAUCAUUGACACUAAAGCAUGCAAAUUUUGUCCUAUCUCAACGGAAACCAAAGAGAUGUGCAACCCAUUAUUACAUUGCUUGUAACAUCUUACACCAGCAGUUUACAAAGAUGAACCCGUCUUUGCCAGCAGCUAUUGGCUCUGGUUCUCUGUGUAGCACAAAGCCCAACAAUGUCAACUGUGUGCCCUCUGCAGAAAGUAUGGCCAUUGGGAAGCAAUCUCAAAAACACUUGCCAAUUGUAAACCAAAAUGCUUCACAAGAGAAAGGCUGGGCCGUGACCAGCAAUCCUAGUCUUACUGCUGCCAAAUGUUCUAAUAAUUCCAACCCAAUGGAUUCAGCUCAUAGGGUGCAGCUUGUGCUCCAGCAAGGUCCAAAUCCUGGGCCAACUGGUAAUCUAGUGCAUGGUCCUGCUUUCCUCUAUCCUCCAGGCCAGCAUCAAGCGUCAGUUACAGCAACUACUAAUCAGGCAGGAGCUGUGAAUUCCCCUAACAGCACUUCCUCAUAUAAUAAAUUCCAUAGUUCAGUUGGCGGAUCUCCUGGUACCUCCUCAACUUUGCCAGUUGUUGCUCCUGGAAUAAGCUUUAGCUACCCAAAUUUUUCAGCCAAUGGUUCUUCUCCGUAUAUGACAAUAGUUCACAAUAAUGGGUAUUCAUUCCCUUUUUCAACUUCUCUUGGAGCAACCACGGCAAUCAGAGGUCCGAGCCCUCCACAAGCAACACAUGUACUUAGUGGGCCUUUCUACUCUUCUCAAAUGUUCCAUCCACAACAGCACCCUCAGUCACAAGCACUGGUUCAACCAAGUUAUCUUAAUGCUAGCACAUCAAGUAGUUCAUCAUCUCAUAAACAGUCACCAGGUGCACAAGUUAAUGGCAGUAAUAUUUUGACCUCUACAACUAUGGAGCAGCAGUCACAAAAGCGACAGACUUCACUGUCUCAUCUUUGCAAGCAUGAGACUGAGAUGGGUGGAGGGAAUGCACCUUCUGUUGCUAAUCGAACAUCUUACUCACAGAAGAAUGUGCAUGGCCAGAACUGUACAAUUCCAGUGCAGCCAGUGAACUUUUCUUUUAAGCCAUCUGCAACAUCGGAUAUUGUUGGCAAUGGUGGAAGUUUUGGUGACAAACAACAAAAGCAACAGGCUUUAAAGGGAGGAGUAGAGAAUAUACCAUCUCAAGCAUUUGCCAUAUCAUUUGCUGCAUUUAAUGGGACCAGUGUUCCUUCAAACCUUAACUUCUCAUCCAUGGCACAGAAUCCUGUGAUACUUCAAAGCCUGCCUGAUAUAGCAUGGCAAGGAUAUCAAGCUGCAAGCACACCUCAGACUACUCAGCAAAAGACUUAUUCAAUUACUGAAGCAAAGAGUGGAGGAAAUUCUUCACACCAAGAUGAUGAAAAGAAAAUCUCUCGUGCUCAGUCUUCCAGCAAUGGGCCAACCACCCUUGUUUUUGAUAAUUCAUCAAAGAAUCUUAACUUUAUGCUAUCUACUGCGAAUGGAAACUGGUCUAAUCACACCAUUGCUUCAACUGCAAUAACAAGUGUGCCACUCUCUAGUAAUGCUUUAAGUUCUCAACAACCACCACAUUUGCUUCAGCUUCCAAAGCAGCAUGCUAUGCAACAGCAGCAAGCUGCUAUGGCAACUCGAUAUAAAGCACCACCUGCCAACAACACUCCAGCUGCAAAAUUUGGAAACAAUGCCCCCGUUUUCUCACAAACUCCUUCUCAAUGCAAGAGUUCUAACCAAGCUUCUCACACUAAGGCCUCGAGUAGAACUGCAGAUUCUCAUAUUCAUCACUCAUCUGUCAUAACAUCUAAUGCUCCAACCCUCAAAAGUUUUUCCCAGGAACAAGGGAGAGUUUUGCCAGGUCAUAUGCAAAUUUCUUUUGGGGGAAAUUACAUAACGCCCCUGCCACCCCAAGGGCAACCACUACUCAAUAACAACCAUCCUUUAUGCGCAACAGCUCAAGGAACUCCAUACAGUGGGGGCAAUGCGAAGUCAAAUUCAGAAGGAAGUAAAGUUAGUUCGUCGGUGAACGCUUCACAACUGCAACAAACUGAAAAUUCUGCUGGGAGUGGCCAAAAAUCUUCUCCAGUUUGUGGGAGAAAUGUCCCGUCAAUAUUAAGUUCAUGCCCCAGCCACCUAUCAGAGCUAAAGUAUUAGAAACCAAGUCAUACACUGCCCCCCCCCCCCCCUCCGAUUGAAGGAAUUUCUUGCAAUUGCACUCCUAAUCAUAUGUUCUGGAGGCCCAUGCUGCUCUGCUUCAUGUUCAAUAACAAUUCAGGCUGCUCAGAAAGAUUGAAGAAAAAAAGUUUUGGCAGCCAGAUGCUGGAGUUUUGCUUGCAUCUCUUUUCUAAGGUGGCAAUGAUAUGAGAGGUGUAAAAAGCAAUGUUGAUGUGGGAUAUUAUGCUCAACUCAAUAUUAGUGUUGACAGGGCACAUGGUAUGACAUUUGUUGGUGGGAGGAAUGAAAGGGAGUUGGGAUCCAUUAGGCCUGCAAUUUUGAAAUAGUAAGUACCAUUAUCUUGUCAUAUUUCUUGGUUGGUAGCUUCUGGAAGGCCUGGCCUUUAAGUUCUCGUGGAAUCCAAUUAAUUUGACAUAUUAAGGCAAUUCUAUCAUGUGUAUAUAAUUAUGAUUUUUUUUUAGCUCCCAUAGCAAAAGAUGUACUUAGAUUCAUUUUUUAAUGAAAAAAACUGCAAUUAUUUCUUAUAAUUUUGUUAUUAAUAGAGAGGGUGGAUCGUUGGGACAUUGA